AUGGUGCAGGUCAACUCCCCAACAGACCAUGGGCCCAUACCCCCCACAGCUCCAGGGCAGGUCCAACCCGAAGUCGCCCCCCUCUCUGCUCUCCUCGCCCAUCCGCUCUUGCAAGAUCCCAAGUUUGUUGCCGCUGCUGGCGGUCUGGCGUUGAUUGUCUUGCUAUUCGCUAUUCUGAGACCGGGCAAGAAGGGUGCUAGGCGGAAUGGACCUGCGACGGUACUCUUGGUCGGGCCUGCAGACGGGGGCAAGACUAGCCUCUUUACAAAGCUUGCAUUCAACACCCACCUUCCGACCCACACUUCCAUCAUCUCCUCCUCCUCCACCUUCUCCCUCUCAUCCCCCUUCUCGGACGAUGGCCAGUCGAAACAAGUCCGGCUUGUAGACUUGCCAGGACACCCCAGGCUUCGAGACGAAGUGAAAAAGUACGAGGCGGAAGCGGCAGCGGUGGUUUUUGUGGUGGAUAUCCAGGGAGUGAUCAGGAAUGGUCCUGGCGUUGCCGAGCAACUCCCCCCGAUCCUCGCAUCACUCGCUUCUCUCUCAACCCACCUCCCUCCCUCCGCCCCUCCCCCAAAACUCCUCAUCCUCGCCCACAAAAGCGAUCUCCUCAUCCGCCCCGCCCCCACCACAUCCCUCUCUCCCCCCGACAUCCCCGAGACAUCUCUCAAAACCGGCACCGACAGACUUAAAUCCAUCCUCACCCGCGAGAUGGACCGCCUCAAGUCUACGCGCGCUUCCACCGGGGGCAGGAUCGAAGGAAUGAGUAAAGUGGCUGGUUCUUCCACUGGCUUUUUCGCGCGGAUCUUUGGUUCUGGUGGGGGUGGGGGCGGGGCGGAGGGGGAAGGGGAGGAAGACGACGAGUCGUUGGUGUGGGGUGGGAAGGGGCCGUUCAGGUGGGAGGAUGUGGAGGGGGUGGAGGUCGAGUGGGCUGCGAGUGGGCUGGGGGUGCGGAAGGAGGGAGAUGUGUCGGAAGGGAAUGGGCUUGAUGAGUUGAAGGCGUUCUUGUGGGAUAUCUAG